UACUGACACAUAAUAUAAUAUCAUGGAGGAGUACUUGGCUACUGACCAAGUCUCCAUUACACAUUCAAUGCCAUUGCCGGUAAGUCUCAAACUAAAAGAAAUUCUGCUCGAAACAGAGAUGAAAGGCCUUGGCCUUGGCCUUACCCUUCUUUUCUGCUUAUGUUUCUCUUCUUCUUUCACAAAAUCCUUGGCAGCAGACACCAUAGCAGCAAACCAAAACAUCACUGAUGGGGAGACCAUUGUAUCAAGUGGUGGAAACUAUGGAAUGGGGUUUUUCAGCCCUGGAAAUUCCACACAGCGAUACUUGGGAAUAUGGUACAACAGGAUAUCUAAAGGAAGAGUUGUUUGGGUUGCCAACAGAGAAAAACCGAUCGCUGAUAAAUCCGGAGUUUUCAAGGUCGAUGAAAGGGGAAUCCUCAUGCUUUACAAUCAGAACAGCAGUGUUAUUUGGUCUUCCAACAUAUCAAGGCAAGCUCGAAACCCUGUUGCGCAGCUUUUGGAAACAGGAAACCUUGCUGUCAGAAAUCUAGAUGAUCCAAGCCCGGAAAACUUCUUUUGGCAAAGUUUCCACCAUCCGGGGAAUACAUUUCUACCAGGAAUGAAAGUUGGACGUAUAGCUUCAGGCUUGGAUGUGAUCAUAUCGUCGUGGAAGAGCACAGAUGAUCCUUCUCCAGGUGAUUAUACUUUUGAGGUAGACCCCAUGCGUUUAGAGUUGGUUGUCAAUCAUAAUUCAAAUUUGAAGUCUCGUUCGGGGCCAUGGAAUGGCAUCGGGUUUAGCGGUCUGCCUUAUUUGAAACCAGAUCCAAUUUAUAACUAUACCUUUGUUUUUAAUGACAAGGAGGCAUACUUCACUUUUGAUCUGCAUAAUAUUUCUGUUAUUACAACAUUGGUUUUGUCUGAGGAAGGUAUCAUGAAUCGGCUUACUUGGAUUGAUCGAACUAAUAGUUGGAUUGUGUACGCGAGCGCACCCGCGGACAACUGCGAUAAUUAUAAUUUAUGUGGUGCUUAUGGAAGGUGUAACAUUGGCACUUCUCCUGCAUGCAGUUGUUUGGACAGAUUCAUGCCGGGAAACCAAGAACAGUGGCAAAGGGCAGAUUGGUCUGGUGGAUGUGUUCGAAGGAUGCCAUUGGAUUGCAAGAAUGGAGAUGGAUUCAUCAAGUAUUCCAACGUUAAAGUGCCACAAGCGAAUAAUUGGAUGGUUAAUAUAAGCAUGACCACGGAAGAAUGCAGGACGGAAUGCUUGAAGAAUUGUUCUUGCAUGGCUUAUGCCAAUUCAGAUGUAAUAGCAAAAAGUGGAUGCUUUCUCUGGUUUGAUGAACACCUGAUUGAUAUCAGACAGUAUACAGAUGAUGGGCAGGAUCUUUACAUUAGGAUGGCUUCCUCUGAAGCAGCUGCUGCAAAUCAAGGUCAAGGGGGCUCCAAAUGGAAUAACAAAGCUGCUGUUAUAUUGGGUUCAGUAUUGGCACCAUUGCUCGUCGUAUGCUUGGGCAUAUGUUUGCUCAUACGGAAGAAAAAGAUGGAACAAAACAAAUAUAAUAGCAGUCAUGGGAGGUCAAGGAAGGAGCGGAUUCCAGAAGAUGAUUUCACAAUACCUUACCAGGAGGAGGAUCUUGAUCUACCACACUAUGACUUGAAUACAAUAGCUAUUGCUACCAAUGGCUUCUCAUUCAGCAAUUUGCUUGGGGAGGGUGGAUUUGGACCGGUUUAUAAGGGUGUGUUUAAAGAUGGCCAAGAAGUAGCUGUGAAGAGGCUUUCCAAGGAAUCCAAACAAGGGCUUAAUGAGUUCAUGAAUGAAGUUAAAUGCAUUGCGCAACUUCAGCAUCGAAACCUUGUAAAGCUGCUAGGAUAUUGCGUUCAACUAGAUGAGAAGAUUUUGAUUUAUGAAUAUAUGCCCAAGAAAAGCCUAGACUUCUACAUAAAUGAUAAAAAGCAAAGCAAGGCCCUGGAUUGGACUAAGAGGUUCCAUAUCAUCAUUGGCAUAUCAAGAGGACUACUUUAUCUUCAUCAAGACUCCAGAUUAAGAAUCAUUCAUCGAGACCUUAAACCGAGCAACAUUUUGCUAGAUGAAGAGAUGAAUCCUAAAAUCUCAGACUUUGGCAUGGCUAGAAGUUUCGGAGGGAAUGAAAUAGAAGCAAAUACAAAAAGAGUAGUUGGAACAUAUGGUUAUAUGUCGCCGGAGUAUGCAAUUGAUGGUCUAUUCUCGAUAAAAUCAGAUGUGUUUAGCUUUGGUGUUUUGGUGUUAGAGAUUAUAAGUGGGAAAAGAAAUAGGGGAUUUCAUCAUUCAGGACAUCAACUCAACCUUCUUGGUCAUGCAUGGAAAUUGUUCAAAGAGGGAAGAGCUUUGGAGCUAGUCGAUGAUUUGAUAGUGGAAACCUGUAAUCAAAAUGAAGUGAUGAGGUCCAUCCAUAUUGGUCUGUUAUGCGUUCAACAUUCCCCAGGAGAUAGGCCAAGUAUGUCAACAGUGGUACUAAUGCUAAGUGGUGAAGGGACACUAGCUCAACCAAACGAGCCAGGUUUUUACAUAGAAAGAAAGUUGAUUGAUGCAAAUUCUUCAUCAAGCAAGCAAGAAUCUUGCUCUGUCAAUGAAGUUAGUGUCACAUUAAUUGAUGCUAGAUAAGCAAAAAUUCAUGUCAAAGUUUAGACAUUUUCAAGAGCUUUGAAUCUUUUAGGGGUGGGAAUAUGGUCAUGGUUGGCUUUAGGCAGUAAAAUUUAUUUCUAUCCUUUCAUAUUUCAAGGAUACAGUUUUGAGGAAUUCAAAGAGAAAGGAUAAAUUACAUUUGAUUGU